ACAACAGUCAAAUGGGCACGUUGCUAGUUGCGACUCACGCUGUUCUUCGAGGAGCGCACGCUAGCAGUAGCUCCACGUCUUUGGCUACAGGAGGCCCGACAACGCAAUUAACAUCGCAGGGAGGCCCAGGAACGUAGUAAGUUUUAUGAUUUUUGGUUUUCGUUUUUUCUAUUUAGUUAGGUCUGCUCCACCACAAGAAUCAAAUAUAUAACAUGUAGAAGUUCAUCAAGUUUCUCUUGCUGUUCUUGUUCCGCUUUUGGUCUUGCAUGCAAUCGAACUUGUUGAAGUGAUUAUAGGUCAAAAUAGAGUAGUAGUGGUUUUAAUACACUUCGUGUAGGAGGCUGGAUGCACUAGGACAGAAACAGAUGCAACCGCAAUGCGCUUGAGAAUCCGACAAGAAAAGAGAAAGAAAAUAGUCGUCCUAUCGAUUCUCGUCUUCGAGUGUUUGUAGGCAUACGAGUGGUCUGUGAAUGAAUGUUGUAACCAUUGCAGGGCUCGGGUUGCGCUUGCGGGUUCUAUUGCACCUGGGAAAAAGUGGUCGUCUUCUGUUUGCUCCGCACUGACACUAUGGCGCGCACGAGGCGGAGACCAACUCUCUGAACAAAUUUGGUCCUUGAGCCUUUCCUCACACAUACUUUGUGUUGCUGGAGACCUUGUGGAAGAUGCUUUCUGUGGUUUAGAGAAUGGUCAGAUAGUGUAUCGCCGAGCGUUGGGCGCCCCGGAACAAGAGUCGAGUAGCAGAUCGAUUUCGAGCAGCGUAACAAGCGACGGGGUGCAUUUGAAGAUCAAGUCUUCCUCCGCUUACCCUAGCCAGACAAGCUGCUCUAUUUCUGGUUCUUCAGGGUUUCCCUAUCAAGGCAAUGCGGGUUCAGCACAGCGAAACACAAGCCUGUAUCUGCCCAACGCAACUGCGGAAACGGGGGACGGUAUCACAGCGAUGUUGUAUGACGCGCAAGAGAGACUUCUUCUUUGCGGCACGUCAACUGGGCGCUGCUUUCUCUACUCCAUGGCUCUACAGCGCGUUGUUGGGGAGCGCUUAAGAGGCGCAGCAGCGGCUGACUACUCUUCGCCUGGGG